AUGAAUCUCAGUAAGGAUCUUUCCAACUUAUCGGUCGAUCAUACGACUGGCUCUUCUUUGUUCCACGACGAGGAAGUUAGCAGUAAUGGAGUUGAAGAUAACAACAAGGAUGUUUUCCCAGAUGAUAUUAGUGAUUCUGAUGGUGAAUUUGAUAAAGUAAACCAAGCUCUAUCAGCUAAUUUCUCUUAUAUGGAAGAUAAGACUAUCCAUGAUCAAGAUGCUAAGCUCAAAGCAUUUCAAGAAAUCCCAUUACCAGACUCAGAAAAGAAGAAAUCAAGAAGAUCAUCAUCUGCUCAUUUCAGUCAUCCACCACCUCCACCAUCUUUGAAACCAAGUAGUGAAUCUUUGGCUGCCAAAUAUAAAGAAUCUGCUGAAGGUGUUGAUGGUAACAAGCCAGCUACAAAGUUAUCAACAUCAUAUAAAUUGGGUUCUAUCAAUGAACAUGAUCAUGAAUCAAACCAAACUCCAUCACCUGAAUUAAUUGAAUUAUAUGCAAAUAUUAAAAAAUGUCGUGAUCUUAGAUCCAAAUAUCAAAAAACUUCAUUACAAUUACCAGAACAAAAUCCUAAAAACCAAGAAGAUUGGGAAAUCUAUCCACCUCCCCCAAGACCAACCUAUAAUAAUAAACAAAUUUUACCAGAUUCUGUUCAACCAGAUUCCAAGGUCUUCAGUAUGGAUAAUGUCAAGAUUCCAGAAGCUGAUGAAUCUGUAACUUUUGAGCUUAAUAGUGAUGAUGUUUUUGAAUUUCAUGACGCUUCAACAGGAUCUAAGAUUAUUGAUGUUCCAUCAUUAAAAGAAUACUAUAUGGAUUUAGAUAAAAUUGUGGCAAUUUCAUCAGAUGGUCCAGCAAAAUCAUUUGCUUUCAGAAGAUUACAAUAUUUAGAAGCAAGAUGGAAUUUAUAUUAUUUAUUAAAUGAUUAUGAAGAAACUUCAGUUUCUAAAAAAAAUCCACAUAGAGAUUUUUAUAAUGUUAGAAAAGUUGAUACACAUGUUCAUCAUUCAGCUUGUAUGAAUCAAAAACAUUUAUUAAGAUUCAUUAAACAUAAGAUUAAAAAUAAUGCAGAUGAAAAAGUCAUCUAUAGAGAUCGUAAAGUCUUGACAUUAGAUGAAGUUUUCAAAUCUUUGAAUUUGUCAGCUUAUGAUUUAUCUAUCGAUACAUUGGAUAUGCAUGCUCAUAAGGAUACAUUUCAUAGAUUUGAUAAAUUUAAUUUAAAAUAUAAUCCAAUUGGUGAAUCCAGAUUAAGAGAAAUUUUCUUGAAAACAGAUAAUUAUAUAAAAGGUGAAUAUUUAGCAGAUAUAACAAAACAAGUUUUCAGUGAUUUAGAAAAUUCCAAAUAUCAAAUGUGUGAAUAUAGAAUUUCAAUUUAUGGUAGAUCAAUUGAUGAAUGGGAAAAAUUAGCUGCUUGGGUUAUUGAUAAUAAAUUAUUAAGUCAUAAUGUUAGAUGGUUAAUUCAAGUUCCAAGAUUAUAUGAUAUUUAUAAGAAAUCAGGUCUUGUUUCAAAUUUCCAAGAAGUUAUUAAGAAUUUAUUUCAACCUUUAUUUGAAGUAAGUCAAAAUCCAGGUAAAUAUCCAAAAUUACAUGUUUUUUUGGAAAGAGUUAUUGGAUUUGACUCAGUUGAUGAUGAAUCUAAAAUUGAUAGAAGAUUCCAUAAGAAAUAUCCAAUUCCAAGUUUAUGGGAUGCUUCACAAAAUCCACCAUAUUCUUAUUACUUAUAUUACAUCUAUGCUAAUUUAGCACAAUUAAAUAAUUAUAGAUCAAAAAGAGGUUUUAAUACAUUUGUCUUAAGACCACAUUCUGGUGAAGCUGGUGAUCCAGAACAUUUAAUCAGUGCAUAUUUAACAUCUGAAGGUAUUUCACAUGGUAUUUUAUUAAGAAAGAUUCCAUUUGUUCAAUAUUUAUAUUAUUUAGAUCAAGUUGGUAUUGCAAUGUCACCAUUAUCAAAUAAUGCAUUAUUUUUAACAUACGAUAAAAAUCCAUUCCCAUAUUAUUUCAAAAGAGGUUUAAAUGUUUCACUUUCAACUGAUGAUCCAUUACAAUUUUCUUAUACAAGAGAACCAUUAAUUGAAGAAUAUUCAGUUGCUGCACAAAUUUAUAAAUUAUCAAAUGUUGAUAUGUGUGAAUUGGCUAAGAAUUCUGUUGUACAAUCAGGUUGGGAGCAUAAUAUUAAGAAACAUUGGUUAGGUAAAACUUUUGCUAAAGGAGGUAUUGAAGGUAAUGAUGUUGAAAAGACAAAUGUUCCAGAUAUUAGAGUUGCUUAUAGAGAGGAAACAUUGUUGACUGAAUAUGAUUUGAUCAAUUAUUACGCCAGUUUAAAAAAAUAG